AUGGUAAAGAAAUUGAAAAAUGAACGUAAUACAAUGUCUCCUUCAUUGCUUGUUGUUGCUCAUUGUUCAACAAUACGACGUAAGGCAGAACGUAUUGAUGUACAAGAAUUAACAGCUAUGUUAAAUGAUCUUUUUCGUGAAUUAUAUUUUAAUUCAGCAAAUCCUACAGCAUAUUUAAACUCUUUAUAUCAAAUAGUUCAUUCAUUAAAUUCUACUUCAAUACCAUCAUUAACAUCUGUACAUUCACAUAUUUUUUUUCUUCUCGUACGUAAUACAAUACAAACUUUUUUACAAAAAUUACAUACAACAUAUAAAUUAGAUGAUCAAGAAAUACAUGUUUUACGUAAUUGUAAUUUAUUACUUGAAAAUUUAGUUAAAAAUAUUGAUGAUAUAUCAGUAAUUAUAUCUUGGAUAACUGAUGUAGCAUUUCUUGAUACAUUAGGAAUAUGUUUAUAUCAAAUAAAUACAAUAUCAAAUGCAAGAAAUGGUAAACGUUUCAUAAAACAAAUUGCACAUUUAGUCAAUAUGUUUUCACGUAUACAAGAACGUUUACCAUGGAAAUUACAUCAAAAUUUCUUUGUUCGAUUAUUACAACCAAUUAUUGAUUGUUUAACAUCAACUACUUACGUACAAUUAUUUAUAGAUUUAAAAGCUCAAUCAACUUCAUUAACAGAAUUACAAAAAUUAUUUCUUAUUAAAUGUCCGUAUUUUCUUGAAACGUAUAAUGGUUCACAUAUGGAAAAAACAAUUGAACAAGUUUUAGAAGUAAUGUUACCACGUUAUGUAUCAAUACUUGAUAAACAUAUAAAAACAAUAAAAGAAUGGCAUCGACCAAUGUUGCGUUCUAUUCGUCAUCUUCUAACAACUCUUAUUCUUGCUGAAAGUUGUUUUACAUUACAUUUAAGUAAUGAAUUACUUCAAUCACUUAUUAAUCAUCUUUUAUGUCUUAUUAAUGAACCUAUAUUAAUUAAUAAAAUACAUAAUACUCCAGAAAAUCAAGAAACAUUAUUAAUUAAUGUAACAUUACUUGUUUUUAGUGUAUUAAUUUAUGAAUCUGAUGCACUUGAUUAUAUUAAAAAAUGUAAACCAAUUAAAAUAUUUCGAAAAUUAACAUCAACAUCUUGUGAAUCUAUUGGUUUAAAUGCUUAUAUGAUACUUGCUUAUAUAAUGGAUGAAAAUGAUAUCAAAGAAUUCAAUAUUGAUUUAUCUCGAUUAACUUUUAGUAUUCUUAGUUUACUAUAUAGUGCAGUUCAAGAUUAUAAUAAAACUAAUCUUAAUGAUCAAGUGAAUACUGGAAAUACUAAUCGAAAUAUACUACAACUUGCUGAAAUAUUAAAAAAUUUGAUACAACAUGAACAAGUUAAAAAUGAAAUAUUAAAACAAAAUGCAUUACGAUUUUUAAUAGAAUGUAGUCAAACAUUUAAUGGAUUAUCAAAACAAUUUUUUCUUGAAUGUCUAUGGACAUUAUCAUUUAAUGAACAAGCCAUUCAACAAAUGUGUCAAAAUUCAACAUUUAUUUUGUCAUUAAAAGAUAUUUCAAAACCUAUUAUAAAUGAUAAUCAAAUAAAUAAUAUUCGUCAUUCUAAUAGUUUUAAUCAUCGUCGAAAUAUUACUAUGAUUCCUUCUGAUGAUGUAAUAAAUAAUGAAAUAUAUAAAGUGGCUGAUGGACUUCUUUGGAAUCUUGUAAAAAAAUCUGAAUUUCGAGAAAAACAAAUUGUUGAUGAUAAAAAAUUAAAAUAUGAUAUUAUGAUUUCAUAUUGUUAUGAUGAUAAAGAUAUGAUUUAUGAAAUUCAACAACUUCUUGCUAAUGAAGGUUAUAAUAUUUGGUUCGAACGUAAUAAUCCUCAUGAGCAAACUAUUGAAACUCAAGCUGAGGCAAUAGAUUGUUCUACAUUAAUUAUUCUUUGUAUAUCAAAUUCAUAUAAACGAAAUAAUCAAUGUCAAGCUCUAGCAGAAUAUGCAUUUAAUUCUAAACAAAUAAUUCUUCCAUUAAUCGUACAUAAAGGAUAUACAAUAGAUGGAUGGUUAAAUGCAAUACUCAACAAAUAUAGACCUAUUGAUUUUGUUUUAUCUAAUUUUAACACGGCUUCUUCAUUACUUGUUCAAGAAAUUAAUCGACAUAUAAAGAAAAAAUUAGUCGAUGUUAAAUCAGUGGCAACUACACCGAUCAAUAUUGAACAAACUGUUCAUUCUUCUACGUCUAUUCAUUUAGAUCGACAACAACAACAACAACAAAAACCAAUCGAAAAUGUUACUUCAACAUCAAUAACACCUGGUCGUAAUUCUGUUACAGUUGAAAAAUUUCAAAAAUCUUCAAUUCAUUCUAAUUCAAGACCAACAACACCAGGUACGGCACCUAAUGGGUCAAUACCUUCAUAUGGGAAUCUGAAUGGUAAAAUAAAUUUUCCUGAAGAAUUUAUAAAACGUGAUACAAGUAAUUCGAUAUAUCGUUCAAUUAGCAUACAGAAUUGGAAAAGAAAAGAAAUACUUGAUUUUUUAUAUGAUUCUAAUCUUAAUUUAAUGAUGCCAAUAUGUGAAUCAAUGACAGGACAUGCAUUAAUACGAUUCUUUCGAAUGUGUCAACAAAAGCCUAGCCGUCUUUAUAGUCAAUUAAAUCAUGAAUUACGUUGUCGUUUUAAAGGUUUAACUUUACCAAUGGGUGUUUAUACACGACUUCUAACUGAAAUAGACAAUCUACUUGAUACAAUAUAUGACACAAAUUCUGUAUCAUCUCAGUUAUCUCAUCCAACAGUUAAAGAUGUUCAACAACAAGUAUAUAUAUCUAAUAGAGCUCGAUCACAACCAUCACCAAAACAAAACAAUUUUGUAGCAUCAACACGUUCUUCAUUCACAUCUAAUCGAACACAGACUUUUACACCAAUUGGAACAGCAUCAGGAACGACAAUACCUAAUGGAACACAAGUUAUGGAACAAACUAUGUUUCCACCACCGUCUACUAAUAAUCGACCAUAUAGUUUUAUUGUUGAAUCUUAUGAAGAACCAGCUAGAGUACUUGAACAAUUUGAACGUUUUGGACAUCAACUACGUGUUAUUGAUUACAGUAGCACAUGA